GUGGAGCUUUUGGAGAGAUUCCUCUUCAUGAAGUUUUCCAGCAGGACUGAUGCACAUCAGCAGUGUUCGCCUCCACCUCCAACUCCAACUGCAACAGCCCUUCACUUUCAGAAGUUACACAUCGCCUGCAAAACUCACUGAAUGCAACUUUGGAUAAAGGAACUGCUUGUUUGCUAGUGACACAAAACGUGUGUUGAAGUGCACUGGUUUGUGGAGUACAUAGAAACACUCCAGCAUCAGGAUGAGAGCGAUUAACUUGGACACGUACAGCCUGUCUCUGCUGACCGCUAAAGAAGACGUCCUCAACCCGCGAGCAUCCACCAACUGGGCUUUAUUUACAUAUGAGGGAGUGACCAACAAUCUCAAACUCACAGAUUCAGGAGCUGGAGGUUUGACAGAAUUGGUUGGGAAAUUUCACAGCAGCAGGCCCAUGUAUGGCCUCUGCAGGGUGGGACUGACAGAAACAGGACAACCACAGAUUGUCAUGGUCUGCUGGGUUGGUAAUGAUGUGGAUGAGCUCCGCAGAACUGAAUGUGCCAGCCAUGUGCCUGCCAUCAAGAUCUUCUUCAAGGAAGCUCAUGUAUUUAUUCCAGCCUCACAGCAAGAUGAGGUGACAGAGGAGGUGAUUAUGGCUGCCUUUGCAAAGAUUCGACCACCAAUGGAGAGGCUGAGGAGACCCUCAAGGACGAUGGAUAAGGAGGAGACUGUGGGUACAAACUACAAGAAGACAAAUGCUGCAAUGGAGAUGAGACGGAUUAACAGAGACUCCUUCUGGGCACGAGCAGAGCGUGAGGAGGAAGAGAGAAAAGAGGAAGAACGUCGGAGGGCUAUAGAAGAGCGACGGCGCUGGGAGAGAGAACGAGUUUUACAGGAAAAAAAAGAGGCUGAAGAGAGAGACAGAAAGAUGAACGAAAAGCUACAGAUGAUUGAAGAACAAAAGAGGAUCCAGGCUCAGCUUGAGGAAGAGGCUAGAAAAGAUGAGAAAGCAAGAUGGGAGCAGCAGCAGAGAGAGCAUGAGGAUAACAUGAGGGCCCGGCUCAGACGCAGCGAGUCUAUUGAGAAAGCAGCAGAGGCAGCAGUUCUUGUUUCCCAGCGCACCAUCAAUCCUAGGGAGUUUUUCAGACAGUUAUCAGCAUCCUCACAAAAUUCUUCAAGCCCUGGAUCACCACGCUCAGGCAAAUCUCCAUUCCGUCGUUACCAACGUAGUUUGACAGACACAGCCUUUAUCUUUGAAAGGGCCAAUUCCACUUCAGGCCCCACAUCCCCUCUCAGUCCAUCUGCAAGGUCUCCAUUCUCACGCACCCCAUCCACGUCCUCCAAAUGUCCACUGAGUCCACCAUACCAGACGAUCCCCUCACCACAGUACCCUCAAACAUCUCCUCCCACAUCACCCCCUCCACGCUCUGUCCCACCUCUGUCGCCUCCACCCAGUCUGCCUGUCUCCAGACCCCCUCCACCCCAGUCAUCACCACCUAACCGGCCACCUCCUCAAGCCUCAGUCCACGAUUCAGCUUCCCCUGCAUCUCCAAAGCUGCUGGACAGUCAUGAUAAAUCUGAGUCUAGCAACUAUGACAGCAGUGAAGAACUUGCUGUCGCAACAGAACGUCCUCCAGCUUCACUCUCUGAUAACACACGGCACACUAUGGAGGUUGUAACCAGCUCUCGAAUCCUUUGUGAACCAAAGCCAGAAGUGGACUUCACUGCCAAGUCUGCUCUUGUCGAAGAAGAAGACGAAGAAGAGGUAGAGGAACCAGAGGAAACUUCAGCCAUGUCAGCUCCAACUUCAGAUACAAAGAUCGCUACAAACUAUGAAGAAGCAGUAGAAGAACAAUUGGAGACUGAGGAUGUGAAGACUGUCAUUAGCCCCCUCAUGGAGGUUGAGGAGCAAGACGAACCAGAGUCAGAGUCUGAGGAUGAACCAGAAGAGCAGCCUGCUGCAGAAUCUGAGGAAUUCCAGCCAAAUGUGGAUUAUUUAGCACCUGAGGAGCCCAGAAAUGUGGUUUCUAUCUGUGAUGAUGAAGUUGAAGACGACCUACCAGAGAACCAAGAGUUGCCUGUGAACGCAUCAGAGUAUGAUGUGAUGACUGAAGAAGAUGAAUCUGAAUGUGGCAGACCAAUGAAUGGUACAGUGGAAGGUGUUGAUGUAUCUGAGCACAGCACUCCUGAGCGCUAUUGUUACACGGUUAAUCGUGAGGAGGAAGAUGAUGAUGAAAUCCAAAUGGAGAUGGUGACCGAGAAUGGCGAAUCAUCACCAGAAAGACUGCUGCGUGUGAGAGCGUUAUAUGACUACCAAGCAGAGGACGACACUGAGCUUUCUUUUGAACCUGGUGACAUCAUCAGUGAUGUGGAAACAAUCGACAAAGCGUGGUGGAGGGGUUCCAGCAAAGAUGGGCGCCAGGGUCUCUUUCCUGCCAACUACGUAGAGACCAUAUAAAAACAUUUCCUUUAAAGAUGGUUCCUCUUCCCCCUUUUCGUUUUACUAAUUCUCAGGGACUAAGAACCACGGAACGUGGUCUAUGAGGAUGUACCAUGUACUCUGAGACUGAGAGUCACAGGAAAAGGGUUGGAAGUGAAGCGUUCACAGGCACAACUUGGCCAACGAUUCCUUUUGUUCCAAAACAAGCAGCCAAAGUCGACAGUUGAGACUUUAGUGAUCAAUUGCAAGACUGAGGAGGAUCUCAGUAACUGAAAUACUUAAGUACAAUUUCUGUUACGACUGUACACAAAUUAUCAUCAUUUUAUUUACACAUUACGUCAUUUAUUAUCUUACAUACCGGCAUUACUGUUAUCAUUAUCAAAUGAUACCAAAGGUGGUGGAGCUGUCUACUGGAGAACAGAUUUCAGUUUAAGUUGAAGCCUUUUUACACAUAAAUCCAAUUUUACAGUCACGUCAAUUGGUCAAAUUUAGUAUAGAAACUUUUUUUCAGAACUAGUACUGUGUCAUAGUACCAGUAAAAUAGAAAUAGACAUGUUUACAGCAUUCUGAAUGGCAUACCUGUCAUAACUGCAUGCAGUGGGUGUGCAGAUGCUACAAAAGUUGUCAUUGCCGAGACCAAGAUUUGAUCAUACUAGUGGGUCCUGCUUUUCCAACCUUUGAGAAAGGCGCUUCUCUUAUACUUGUUUUAGUAUAACAUUUUAAAGCCCUUGCUAUUAUGGAAGCCAAUGCAAAGGAAAUGGUUAAAAAUCUUGUUAGAUUACAAGCCAUUAAGACUGAACUUGGCAGCCAUUACAUGUUUUUAAAUGCUCUGAACCUUCCAUCAAAAUUAAAUUCUUUCAUCUUUAUACCGUUUGAAAGUUUGGGUUCGGUAAGAUUUUUUUAAAUGGUAUUAAAAGAAGUCUCUAAUGCUUACCAAGGCUGCAUUUAUUUGAUCAAAAAAAAAAAAGGAAAUUACAGAUCCUUCAGAAAUCAUUCAAAUAUGCUGACUUGGUGCUCAAGAAAUAUUUCUUUAUCAAUGUUGAAAUCAGUUGUGCUGCUUAAUAUUUUUGUGAAAACCGAUUCAUAUUUUUAUUUUUUACAAUUCUUUGAUGAACAGAAAGUACAAAAGAAUUAUUUUGUAACAUUUUAAAUGUCUUUACAGUCACUUUCAAUCAAUAUGUGUCCUUGGUGAAUAAAAGUAUUAAUUUUCGUCCAAAAAAUAAAAAUCUUACUGACCCUAAACUUUUUAACGGUAGUGUACAGUAAGACUGUUCACUGUUGUGUAAAUGCUUUCGAAUAAACAUGUUUUUUUUCUUCUAUGUAAUUUAUUUAUCUCUGAGCAUGAAUAUAGAUAUUGUUCCUUCUAGAGAGGGUCUGUCUAAUCCAUUUAACUCGUGUAACCAGAUUUCAGUAAUAGGUCAUUUCUUUCAACUACCAAUGUUCUUCUGUGUUAGUGGGGAUUAAACAAUAGAAGAAUCACCAACACAUUUAACUUACUCUAUGCUCUCUGUUAGUAAUUUCUUAUUGUAAUAAAUGAGGUUUUUGUUUUUUCCA